GGUGUUACACAUAAAAAAACUUUAAUAAUUUCAUGCAAUUUUGUAAGCCUUCUUUGUUAUAUUUAUUAAAUUAAAUUUAGAUAGUAACAUUUAGUUUACUGUCAUUGGUUAUAGGAAUUCAACUAAGCUGACAUGAUCUUCCAUGUCUAGCUCUUAACGUUGCAAUAUUAAGUUUCAUUAUUUUAUAGGUGUUAUAUGUUUUCAUGUAUACAAGGACAUUAUAUGUGUUUAUUCCAUUAAUUUCUAAUUGAUGUGCUAUUUUGGAAGGAAUUUACAUUUCGUUGAAUAUUGACAAUGGUGCAUCGUAAUAAUAGGAACAAAUUCAAAGGUGGUGUUAAGCCUGUGAAACGUCGUGGUGUACCUGCGAAUAAACCUGGAUCCACAUCGGAACAGGUUCUCGAUACUCCAUCAGUCCCUGAGGUGACUAUUUUAUCGGACGUUGAUGAUGUGACUACUGUUACUGAGAGUGCUCCUACACUAGUGAUAUCUGAAUCUGACGUCACCGUCCAAGACGAUGCGAUGGUUUCCGAGACUUCAGAUGCACUAUCAUCGGAUAUAGAAUCUCUAUCUGCUGUUGAGCCUAGUGUGCCAGAAUCCCAUGAAGCACUAUCAUCGGAUAUAGAAUCUCUAUCUGCUGUUGAGCCUGGUGUGCCAGAAUCCCAUGAAGCACUAUCAUCGGAUAUAGAAUCUCUAUCUGCUGUUGAGCCUAGUGUGCCAGAAUCCCAUGAAGCACUAUCAUCGGAUAUAGAAUCUCUAUCUGCUGUUGAGCCUAGUGUGCCAGAAUCCCAUGAAGCACUAUCAUCGGAUAUAGAAUCAGGAUCAGUGGUUGAGCCUAGUGUGCCAGAAUCCCAUGAAGCACUAUCAUCGGAUAUAGAAUCAGGAUCAGUGGUUGAGCCUAGUAUGCCAGAAUCCAAUGAUCAGGACCCAUUGGAGAAACCCCUACCAGUGUGCCCUUUGACUUCAUCUGGUGAGAAUACUACUGUGGAUGCAAUGUCCUUGACCUGUGAUUUAGAUGAUAACGCUAACAUUGGUUGUAUCGCUCCUAACAACAGUCCACUGGUGCCAACUGACAUCACUGAAUGUGCUGAAUCAACUCCAGUGGAGGUGGAUCCACUGGAUGCAUCGGUAUCUGAGGUCCAUCCUACAACAGUUGUUGUAGAGGAUGAAGGACCUAUACUAAAUCCGGUUACUGUUUCACCGGACUCUAUCCAGUCACCGUCGGAUCCCGUAGUUGAUUGCCAUGAUCCCGAAUCAUUCAGUGACUCGGAAGAUCGUUCUGAUUACCUAAGUGAUGAAUAUCUUAGUUCCGAGUGCAGUGAGGAUGAGAUGCGUAACUUUUUUCCUGCGACUCGUGUUAGUUUCAAAGAGGUUGCAGGCCGUGUUACUCGUGUGACUCGUGCCGAUUUUGCUGACGUUCAUCGUAGACGUCACUUGGAUUGUUUUGCCCGUUCCAUGAAGCAUUGGCAGGAGUUUGGCAAUAACGAUGCGGAGAAUGAGAAGUUUGGCGCUUUGUAUUCCGAUGUGAAGUUUGAUCGUUAUUCUGACAUUUACUUCAACUUGGACACUGAGUCCUCAACACCUAUUGAUAACUUUAUUUACCAAUUGUUAUCACGAAGUAACUCCAUUCGCAACCAAGCUGAAUUGAACGCGGAGAUGUCAGUACUACGUCGCGAAUUCCGCAUAAGUCCAUCUAAGCGUGAGAUUUUUGAGCGUUUACUACAGUUACAGCGUGACGCUGAGGGUAUAACAUCGGGUAGAUCUGUUAAGUACCCUGCUCAUAUGCAGCACUUGUUACGUCAUAAAUCAGUGCGCUCGGAUUCAGGAGUUGUUGUUAUAACUGUUCUUACAGCUCCUGGUAACUUCAGUUGUGCCUCUGAUUGUUACUACUGUCCUAACGAGCCUGGUCAGCCUCGCAGUUACUUAUCUACGGAACCCGCAGUGUUACGUGCUAAUCAGAACGACUUUGAUGCUGUGCGUCAGUUUUAUGACCGCGGCAUGACUUUGAUGCGUAACGGCCACGUCAUUGACAAGAUAGAGAUCCUGGUUUUGGGUGGUACUUGGAGUGGUUAUCCUCGUGAUUAUCAGGAGAGUUUCUGCCGUGAUUUAUAUUACGCUGCCAAUAUAUUUCCCGAGGACUACAACACCGCCCGUGAACGGGAAAGUCUACUUUUUGAGCAGACAGAGAAUGUGAAUGCCAACUGUCGCAUUAUUGGCCUAACACUUGAAACUCGUCCUGAUCGCAUUAAUCCCGCGGAGAUACGUUUACUACGUGAAUUCGGGUGUACUCGUGUUCAGCUGGGUAUCCAACAUACUGACAAUAAAGUGCUAAAACAUGUUAACCGUGGCCAUGACGUGGAGGCCAGUAUCCAUGCCAUACGUCUUUUGAAAGAGAAUUGUUACAAGGUUGAUAUUCAUUUAAUGCCAGAUUUACCAUCAAGUUCACCUGAAUUGGAUAUGGUCAUGUUCGAGCGCGUUUUAAGUGACGAGUCUUUGCAGGCAGACCAAUGGAAGAUAUAUCCGUGUGAGGUGACACCUUUCACGCGAAUAGAGGAGUGGUACAAGAGUGGUGUCCAUGUCCCUUAUUAUGACACUGACCCUAACUUACUAAUUGAGCUAAUAAUGCGUGUCAAGCGUGCUAUACAUCCCUGGAUCCGUCUAAAUCGUGUGAUUCGUGAUAUUCCAAAUCCAUCUAUUAUUGGUGGAACCAAUGUCACUAACAUGCGUCAGCUUCUACUUAACAAGAUGUCAUGUCGUGGAUUAAACUGUCGCUGCAUUCGUUGUCGUGAGGUUAAGCAUGGUUCCCAAGCUCUUGGUGCUUGUUUAAUGGUUCGUCAAUAUCGUGCUUCUGGUGGUGAUGAAUUCUUCUUGAGUUACGAGAGUGCUGACGAACGUCGCAUAUUUGGUUUCCUUAGAUUAAGAUUGCGUGAUGACAGUGUACAUAAUCCAGACAUAUCCCAAUUCCAAUGUCUUGAGGGAUGUGCCUUGAUUCGUGAGCUUCAUGUCUAUGGUGUUGUUGUUGCUCAUGGCAAGAAUCCUGCUGAAUCAACUCCAUAUCAGCAUCGUGGCAUUGGUGCUAGUUUACUUCUGGCUGCUGACAUAAUAGCUUUAGCACGUGGUUACCGCAAGAUUGCUGUGAUUGCAGGUAUUGGCACCCGUAGGUACUACAUGAAGCAUGGUUAUUACGUCAAGGACACAUUUAUGCUAAAGUCACUGGAUCCUGAAUUAAUUCGUCACAGCUUUUCGUUUAAUCAAUCUCGUGAGGGUUACGUUAUGCUACCUAGUUCUAUAAGGGUAAAUCGUGUUGACCUAAAGGAAAGCGCACGUUUAUUGAAACAGGAUUUACCCGAUGAGCUUGGGAAAAAAGCUGCCAAAGUGCAAUACCCAUUAACAGUUGGGGGGCAUUACAUCAUAAACAUUCCGCGUUUGUUACGCUGGGUUCGUGCAGAAAAUCAUGAGGACUAUACCAAAACCCUGUGGAUGACAUACGACAGUUGGAUGUGUUCUAUUAAUGACUAUUUCAAGGGAUUCCUGGAGUACAAGCGGGUAGUACUAGAGAAUCCGCAUCUCGUAGCAUCGGUUGUUCUUUUAGGUGUUGCCUGUUUCGGCGCUACAUAUCGUCGUAGGUAGGACAAAUAAUCUAUUUAAUUGUACGUUCCAAGCGUUCUAGUUGGUAUUCUAUGUGUUUU